AAAAUAUCUUUAUUUCUCUGAGUAGCUUUAUAAUUCCAGACUCGCUAAAGAAUCUAGACACAAACUUCACCGCAGCAAACAGAAAAGAGCAGGACACUGCACAUUGCAAUUUCUGGAUCUGGACUGACUGAAUCACUGAACCACAUGAUGCUCGAGGCAAGCACACUCAUGGAGGGCUACAACAUACCUGGAUUUAGAUAGCAUUUCUCGAGUUCUUUCUAGCCAUGUGUGUGUUGUGCUGGUUGGUUCCAGAUCUAACAGUGACAGUGCGUGCUCACAACUCACAAGGCCACCAGCCCACCAACAAGAAUAUCAUAAGCGAAAUCACGAGCUGCAUCCAUCCAUCAAGUCGCACUUGCCACUCCACCAGCCUCUGCCUCCCUCUCCCUCCCAAAUCGCCGAGAAAAGAAGGAGAUAAAAUAAUCGGCAGUUCGGUUUCCAGCUUCCAGCAAUUGCGAUUUUGGGUGAUUAGCUCCAGCAGCAGAUAGGUGAUUAGUUCUUUCAGACUUUCACCGUUUCACGUCGCCGGCCGGCGGGACACCCGGCAAAUGGCGCGCGCCGGUGCGGUGCUCGUGGUGGUGCUCGCCGCGGCGUCGGUGCUGUUGGCGCCGUGGGCGGCGACGGCGCAGACAUCCAGCUGCGACGACGCGCUGCCCCCGGCGCUCGCCGGCAACUACUCCGGGCUGGCCUGCCGCCCGGUCUGGAACAACUUCGUCCUCCGGUACGCGCAGGGGAAGGACAACGUGCUGCGGGUGGUGAUCUCGUCGAUGUACAGCACGGGGUGGGUGGGGAUGGGGUUCUCCAAGGACGGGAUGAUGGUGGGAUCGAGCGCCAUGGUUGGGUGGGUCGGCAAGACGGGGCUGUCCCACGUCAAGCAGUUCAGCCUCCGCGGGAAGACGCCGUCGCAGGUGGUCGCCGACGAGGGCUUCCUCCAGUCCAAGGACCACGACCACACCGUCGUGGUGCAGCAGGCCAAGAUCUACCUCGCCUUCCAGCUCAGGUUCCAGUCGCCGCUCAGGCGGCAGCAGGUGCUCCUCGCCUUCGGCAACGCCAUCCCCGUCAACGACCGCCUCACUGAGCACCAGGGCAAGACGUCCUUCACCUUCGAUUUCACCACUGGCAGCUCUUCAGGUUCGUCUUACCCGGAUGGUCUGAAGAGGGCCCAUGGGGCACUCAACCUGUUUGCCUGGGGAGUUCUCCUGCCUAUCGGUGCUAUCAUCGCGCGGUACUGCAGGAGAUGGGACCCUCUGUGGUUCUACCUUCACGCCGGCAUCCAGCUUGUGGGCUUCAUCCUUGGUCUGGCUGGCAUUGUGGCCGGAGUAUCGUUGUACAAUAAGAUCCAAGCAGAUGUCCCGGCGCAUAGGGGCCUUGGCAUAUUUGUGCUUGUGCUGGGUAUCCUGCAGAUUCUGGCCUUCUUCCUAAGGCCUCACAAGGACUCAAAAUAUCGGAAAUACUGGAACUGGUACCACCAUUGGGUAGGCAGGCUUGCGCUCUUCUUUGCAGCCAUCAACAUUGUCCUUGGAAUCAAGGUCGGAGCCGCCGGCAACUCGUGGAAGAUCGGCUAUGGCUUCAACCUGGCCAUCCUCCUGAUCACCAUUAUCACCCUGGAGGUCCUGCUAUGGACAAGGUGGAAAAACAACAACAGCAGUUCGAUGCCAACAUAUUAAGUGUGAUUAAAUUAGGUUGAUCUUGUCGCUGUAACUUAUAACUGAAGGCCCUAUUCUUCCAUUAGUUUCUUUUAAUGGUUGUACCAUUUGUGUGAUGCUGUUGCUUUGAUGUUUCUGCAAGAUCUUUUAGCAGAAACCAAAGAUGUAGUACAAGACUAGUCAGUUGAUGUCUUGAUGAUGAGCUGUGACGUGCAAAAUGACGAGGUGAACACAACUGGUAAUUGUAAUGCAGUGGCAAAGGUGUAGUAUUAUACUCCCUCCGUUUCAAGUUGUAA